CGCUUACUUGAAUCCAAACUCAAAAUGAAAUUCGUCAUUGUCUUCUCCGCCCUCUUCGCUGUUGCCUUGAGCGCAGCUGUUCCCCAGGACUCAGCUCACGCUGAAAUCAUCCGUUUUGACAACGACAACAUCGGAGUUGAAGGAUUCAAAUACGCUUAUGAAACUAGUGAUGGCAAGUCUGCUAGCGAACAAGGAGUCUUGAAGAACGUUGGUACCGAAAACGAAGCCAUCUCAGUUACUGGUCAAUUCAGUUACAUCGGAGCUGACGGUGUCACCUACUUGGUCACCUACCUCGCUGAUGAGAACGGUUUCCAACCACAAGGUGCUCAUUUGCCAGUUGAACCAAAAUUGUAAGCUGUUCCCCAACAAUAAAUAAUUUUAUUGGAACUAGUUCAUCGUUAAAUUUCACUGUAAAUUGAUCAUUUUUAUCGAUUAAGAAGUUUAACGAUUUGUUGAAUAAUUUAAUUUAUACUGUAAGGUGUUAAAAAUGGAGCAGUAAAAUGUGCCGAUUAA